UUUGCAACACUUUUUCCCCCAUUUUUUCUCCAGCUAGGGUUUUAGCUGUUUCAUCUCUCCAUCUCUCUCUGCGGAGAAGGAAGCAUGAGGGAGCUCAAGUUUCAUGAGAAGAAGCUGCUGAAGAAAGUUAACUUCUUGGACUGGAAAAGAGAAGCAGGUCACAGAGAAACCCAGGUUCUGCAGCGCUACCAUGUCACCGGUCGCGACGACUACAAAAAGUACUCGGGUUUGUGCCGGAUGGUGCAGAAGCUGGUGCACAUAUUGAAGCAGUUGAACCCGAACGAUCCGUAUCGGAUCGAAAUGACCGAUAUGCUCUUGGAAAAACUGUACAAUAUCGGUGUGAUACCAUCCAAGCAAAGCUUGGCAUUGUGUGAACGCUUGUCGGUGUCAUCCCUUUGCAGACGGAGGCUUUCAACCGUUUUGGUUCGAUUGAAGUUUGCUGAACACCUGAAAGAAGCUGUCACAUACAUCGAGCAAGGACACAUCCGUGUCGGUCCAGAAACUGUUACUGACCCAGCAUUCCUCGUGACAAGGAAUAUGGAAGAUUUCAUUACAUGGGUGGAUUCAUCGAAGAUUAGGAGAAAGGUGCUGCAGUACAAUGACAAGCUGGACGACUACGAUGCAAUGAAUUAGGGCAUCGUAACUUUAGGGUUCUUUCGGCCUUCUUCUGUUGGUGGCCGAAAAAAGAAGAACCACAUUUAGUUUGCCUGGUGUAUCAUGUAUUAAACACCUCAGAUGGAGGGUUCCUUCUUUUGUUUUAAACACAUUUUUCUCUACGGGUUCAAUACAUACAUACUUAUCAAGAAUUUCCUAUUGAAAUGAGUUCGGCUU